UUUAAAGUAAUAGUGAAGUAUUGAAUAAGAAUAAAAUAAUAUGGGUGUGGACCGGUCAACAUUUCAACAAGAAGGAGCAUUCGACGCGUCAAAACGGGAGCUAUUAUUAUUAAUUAUUGAAGGGAAAAGAAUUCAAAGCCGGCCAAGUCCUUGCUUUGUGUAUUGCCAUUAUUUAUGGUUGUUGAAUAGAAUAGGAAGUCGUCGGUUGUUCAUGAGUGACUCUGAUGAAAUUGUUUGAUUUUGUCAAAGGUAGUUUUGCCUUCUUUUUAAUAUAACUUUUUACUUUUUAACAUGAUUCUUCCCCCCUUCUUCUCAGUUUGUUUGUUUGUUCAUACAAAAUAUCUUUGGAUUAAUGUUCCAGUUCUACUACAGUCUACAAAAUAUCUUUAAUGUUCCAGUGCUACUACUAGUCUACUCUACAGUACACCCCAAAAUAUCUUCAGUUGUUCUCUCUCUGCCGCUCUCUCAUGAUCUUCGAUCUUAUCCCUUUUUAACUAACUUCCUUCCAAUCCAAAGGCCGCAAGCCACCCAAACACACAACAGAAAAUGCAUUCAGCCAGCGCCGGCGCCGGCCUCCUCCCCCUCCUUCCUUGUCCCACAAUUCCAAACUCCAAAACCACCUUCAGCAGCGCCGCCUACCCUUCUCGCACUCGUCUUUCAACUUCUCUAAAAUGCAACGCUUCUUCUUCCUCUUCUUCUUCUUCCAUCGCUCUCACGGACCUCGACCUCUACGACCUUCUCGGCGUCGAUAGCUCCUCCGAUCAUUCCCAGAUUAAGUCGGCCUACCGCCGGCUCCAGAAGCGCUGCCACCCCGACGUAGCCGGCCCCGCCGGUCACGACAUGGCCAUUGUCCUCAAUCAAGUCUACUCUCUUCUCUCUGAUCCCAAUUCCCGUUCCGCUUAUGAUAAGGAACAAGCCAAGGUUGCCGAGUUAAGAGGGUACACCGGAAAACCUGUGUAUUCCGUAUGGCUGGGACCAGAAAGCGAGCAACGAGCUGUGUUUGUGGAUGAAGUGAAGUGCGUUGGCUGCUUGAAAUGUGCGUUGCUGGCCGAGAAAACUUUUGCUGUUGAAUCGGUUUAUGGAAGAGCUCGGGUCGUUGCUCAAUGGGCUGAUCCCCAGAGCACAAUCCAGCAGGCCAUUGAAGCAUGCCCAGUCGAUUGCAUCUCGUUUGUGGAGAGAUCCAAGCUGCCUGCAUUAGAAUUCCUAAUGUCCAAGCAGCCUCGUGGCAGUGUCAGAGUUGGUGUGGGAAAUACAGUGGGUACACGUGUCUCAAACAUCUUCGUUGAUGCCGGUAAGUUCCAGGACAGGUUUGAGGAAACCAUGCGUAAAGCUUCUUCAAGAAACUCCACGAAAGAAGCAAGGAGUUCAGCUGUUCAAGCAAUCAGAUCAAUCUCAAACUGGUUGUAUUGGCAAUCACCCGGUGCAAGAGGACAAAGAGCAGAUCAAACUACCAAAAGUUUGACUCUCAGUGAGCAAAAACCGGUUGAACCAAACAUCAGCAAGCUCCAAGAAGCUGCCAUGGCCAGAAAACAUGGAAGACCCAUCACUCGGAUUGCUUUUAAAUCUAAAGAUGAGUACUGGAUUCCAUCAACUCUUGUUCUGCCACAAGCAAAACCAACCCAAGAGAAUGUCUCUGUCUCUGAAGCUGCCUCUGAAUCCACUGCUAGCAACCAUAUCUAUGAAACAAAAGAAAAAUUUAAUGGACAGAAAGAAAAUCAUGACAAGAGAAAGAACCCUUUUGCCUGGGGUAUUCCGGUGGCAACAGCAACAGUUGCAGCUGCAGCAGUUGGUUUGCAGGUACAUGAAGGGGUGGGUGGCGGAUUGGAAGAGCAUGUAGGAGGCACACUAGCUUUGGGCAUUGUUAACAGCUCCUGGUUACCUGUCAUUUUAGCAGGGAUUACAUGGUAUCUCAUUGCUACGUACAUGGUAGAGCUAAUACAAAUCCUUCAGGAUAGGCUAGGGGUGUACGAAAAAUAGGGAAGAGGCACAUAGCUAUAUAUAGCAGGUUGAGAAUUAAAGUUCUGUGUACACGUUACAUUAAACAAGAAAUGGAAAAUAUACUUUUCUUUUGGCUUAA